AUGGUUGAACAAACAUUAGCUGGAAAAGUAGCCCUGGUAAGCGGUUCCGCCUGGGGUAUUGGCGCCGCAAUAUGCGUUGAGCUUGCUUCCAAAGGCGCACUGGUGGUGUGCAACUAUCCCUGGGACAGCCAGGCUCAAGAUGCCGAGGGUGCACUGGAGCGAUGUCGCCAGACCAAAGGGGCUCAAGUCAAUGAGUGCUUCACAGUCGAGGCCGACCUGCAAACGCUGGAAGGGCCGCAAAAAUUCGUCGACGACGCAGUUGCUCGCCUCAAUGGCCGGAAGAUUGAUAUCCUGAUCAACAAUGCCGGCAUCGCGAUCAUGAAGCCAUUGGUCGACGCAACGCUAGAGCAGUGGGACAAGCAAGUAAGUUUAAACUGCAGAGGCAUGUUUCUUCUUACGCAAGCUGUUCUACCACACCUGUCGAGAAAGAAUUGUCGCAUUGUCAACGCCAGCAGCGCGGGAGCCCGCUUGGGAACAGCUGGUUCGACAAUCUACAACGGUUCGAAAGCCAUGGUAGAAGCGUUCACGAGGUGCUGGGCUGUCGAGUUCGGCCGUGAUUACGACUGCACUGUCAAUGCCUACUGCCCAGGACCGACAAAGACCCAUGGAUUCUCACAUGCAGGGGAGAAGUUCCUUGCAUCACUCCAGCCAAUGUUGGAAGCAACUCCCAAGGCGGGAAGAAUGGCUGACCCGUCCGAGAUUGCGGGUGCUGUAGGUCUCCUGUGUGAAGAAAAGGCAGGCUGGGUCACAGGCGUGUGUAUUGGGGUGAGUGGGGGUUUCCACAUGGCGUAA